AAAAAAAAAUUAAAAUAGAAUAAAAUGAAAAAGCAGAGAAGCAAAGGGGCUCCGUUUCCUCCUUUUUCUACUUCCUUUUUCUUUUCUUGGAGUUUCUGCUAAGCAUCUUUCCUUCACUUUCGUGUUCAUUUCUCAUUCUUUACCUUCUUGUUGAGAAUUCUUCUGGGUUCUCUUGCUUUGGAGUUUACAACUCUCUCACUUUCAGCUGAAUCUUGUUACUUAAUUAUGUGAUUUUAAUGGGUUUUUUCUUGGCGGGCAUUGUUUGUUUGACUAGAAAGUUGGUUUGCUUUUGGUGAAUUCAUUUUUCUAUUUGCUUUCCUCGUUGGGCUUCUUUAUAACCUCUGUUUCCAUCUGGGGAUUUAUAUUUCUUCUAAGAAUUCUCUGCCAAUUCUUUCUGGGAUUUUCAUUUCAAGCAUUAGAAUUCCCUCCUCUUACUCUUCUGGGUUUCCAAAAGCUUCUUGCAAUUCUAUGUACUAUUUUGUGGUUUAGUUCUUUUUCAAUUCUCUUUCUUGAGCUCUGAAUUUACUGAGUUUAAUUUUUUUUUUUCAUCUCCUCAUAAUGGUUUAACUUUAUGUGAAUUUCUUCUUGUUACCUGAUCACAAGCACACUUCUGUGUCUCUCGUUGAUUGCUGUAAUUCUCUUUCCAUUGGCUUUCUGAUUCCAUGGGACUUUGUCAUGGAAAACCUAUUGAAAACCCACAAAAUCUAUCCGAAAACACAACAAUUCCCGGUGACAAUGAGCAGGCAGUGAAUUCCCGAACUGGGAAAUUAUCAAACUUCCCCUUUUACAGCCCAAGUCCCUUGCCCAGUGCAUUCAAGAAUUCGCCAGCGAAUUCGAGCAGGAGUUCAACCCCUCUUCGCAUCUUUAAGCGCCCGUUUCCUCCUCCUUCGCCGGCAAAGCACAUUCGGGCGCUGCUUGCUCGAAGGCACGGUUCAGUGAAGCCUAAUGAGGCCUCAAUUCCUGAAGGAAAUGAGUUUGAGGCUGCGUUGGAUAAGAAUUUUGGCUUUUCGAAACAUUUCAUAACCCAUUAUGAGCUUGGUGAAGAGGUGGGGCGCGGGCAUUUUGGGUAUACUUGUUCAGCAAAGGCAAAGAAAGGGAGCUUAAAGGGGCAGGAUGUGGCAGUCAAGGUCAUCCCGAAAUCAAAGAUGACUACUGCAAUUGCCAUUGAGGAUGUACGAAGAGAAGUGAAAAUAAUACAGGCUUUAACAGGACAUAAGAAUCUAGUUCAAUUCUAUGACGUCUAUGAGGAUGAUGACAAUGUUUAUAUUGUGAUGGAGUUAUGCGAAGGAGGGGAAUUAUUAGACAGGAUACUUUCUAGGGGUGGAAAGUACUCAGAAGAAGAUGCAAAGGCUGUUAUGGUCCAGAUUUUAAGCAUUGUUGCCUAUUGUCAUCUUGAAGGUGUGGUUCACCGUGACCUGAAACCUGAGAACUUUCUUUAUACUUCUAAAGACGAGAACUCCCCACUGAAGGCCAUUGACUUUGGACUAUCAGAUUAUGUAAAGCCAGAUGAACGGUUAAAUGAUAUUGUAGGAAGCGCAUAUUAUGUAGCUCCUGAAGUUCUACAUAGAUCGUAUGGAACAGAAGCAGACAUGUGGAGUAUAGGUGUAAUAGCUUAUAUUCUUCUAUGUGGAAGCCGACCAUUUUGGGCUCGAACAGAAUCUGGAAUCUUCCGGGCUGUCCUCAAGGCAGACCCAAGCUUUGAUGAAGCCCCGUGGCCUUCUUUGUCUUCCAAUGCAAGAGACUUUGUGAAGAGAUUGUUGAACAAAGAUUACCGCAAGAGAUUAACUGCUGCUCAGGCCCUUAGUCAUCCAUGGCUGGCCAAUCAUCAUGAUGUGAAGAUUCCUUUGGAUAUGAUAAUCUACAAACUUGUAAAAUCUUAUAUAUGCUCAUCCUCUCUCAGAAGAGCGGCUUUGGGGGCUCUUGCUAAGACAUUGACAGCACCCCAGCUAGCUUAUUUCCGGGAACAAUUUACAUUAUUAGGGCCAAACAAAAGCGGAUUUAUCUCCCUGCAGAACUUUAGAACGGCUGUGAUGAAGAACUCUACCAAUGCCAUGAAGGAUUCACGGGUUCUAGAUUAUGUCAACAUGGUGAGCUCUCUUCAAUAUAGAAAAUUGGAUUUUGAAGAAUUUUGUGCUGCAGCCAUAAGCGUGCAUCAGCUGGAAGGAAUGGAAAGCUGGGAGCAAUUUGCACCCCGUGCCUAUGAGCUGUUUGACAAGGAUGGAAACAGACCUAUUAUGAUAGAAGAACUUGCUUCAGAACUUGGACUUAGCCCGUCAGUACCAAUUCAUGUGGUUCUACAAGACUGGAUAAGACACUCGGAUGGGAAGCUCAGUUACUUGGGAUUUGUCAGACUUCUCCACGGUGUUUCUCCGCGUGCAUUUCUUAAAGCUUGAAUCAAAACGAAACUACACAAAUUCAUUGAGAAACAAAAAGUCAGCCAAAUUCGAGGGAGAGACCUUGAAUAAGCAUGAGUUAACUCUUAACGGCACAAAAAAAACUGUUUCAAGUUGAAGCUUUGGCCUAUGCGGCAUGAGUGGCAGUCAAAGCCAUUUGCAGCACUUCUCAUGUCAGUAUGUCUCCUUUCUACCUUAUAAUUUUUUGGUUUCAAUAUAUCCGGUGAAAUUAAAAGUUAAGAGGAUUGUACAGAUGAGGUUAGAUUACAUAAUGUAUUUCGGGUCAGAACUGAGACUGAAGCGGGUUCUGUAGGUUUUGGGUGCAUCUCUUGUGUUCACAAAACUAUUAGUUUCUUAAUAAAAUCUUACUGUGAUCUGCAAGAAGCUUUUACGAUCACAGAUAAAAAAUGGUUUCAGAAACCCGUAAUUGCCACUGUUGUCCUGUUGUUGCACUUCAUCCCACUGAACUGCUGAUAUUUGUAAAUAAAAUGUACAAGUAAAUUUACAAACCGCUG